AUGAAACUUCCUAAUCCGGUGGUCUGCUCUGCGGCAGUGGGCUGCUUGAUUUGCCUUUAUGCUUUGCACGUUGAAUUCGCUCAUGAAGCGGACCCGAACUAUCGUGCUCUGUGUGACAUUUCUGAGACAAUGAGCUGUUCUAAGGUGCUCACUUCACCAUGCCAGUUUGGUCAUUUGUAUCUUUAUUUCAGCCCAGACAUCAUGUUGUGGCACUUGACUGCAGCGUUCCUUUACUUGGAAAUGUUCAGUGUGUUUCUUCUCAUCAUACCCUUGUUCUCUUCGCGCAGUUGGGCUAAGUUUUUCAAAACCGGAUGGGUCCAGAAGUUGGCUGCGUUCUCCACCUACUAUUUCAAUUUCUUUCUCGUACUUUUGGGACUCGUUUUGUUGGAGGCCCUUCGUCAGGUGAUGAACCAGCGAAGUGCCUAUGAAACUCUUAAGUCACAUCCUAGCGAACUCCGACCGGAGACAGAAUCGCUCUAUCUGAUGCGCAUGUUUCGAGCACAACGCAAUUUGUACAUUGCCGGCUUUGCACUGUUUAUGUGGUUCGUGUUCCGCCGCCUGAUUCGCCUCAUCUCCGAACAUGCACAAAUGUCUGCAAGUCAAGAGGCCUCACUCAAACAAGCCAAAAAUGCCAGCGCAGUGGCUGAACAGAUGCUGAGCUCGAAGGGUAAUGGGGAAUCUGAAAUCGUCAAGCGUUUAAAGGCUGAGCUCGAAGAUCUGAAGCAAAAACUACAAGAGGAAGAGGAAUCGCACGCAACAACUAAACAAGACCUGGUCACACUGAAGAAGCAGGCAACACAGACUGCGCAGGAGUACGAUCGUGUGGCUACCGAAUGCCAAGAAUUACAGCGUCGCAUUACGUUACUGUCAGAGCCAUCCGCGGACAAGAAAUCAGACUGAACGGAAUCUUUCAUUUUUCCAGCAUUUUAUCGUUAACUACUCUCGUGGGCUUUCACAAGCCAUGCCUGUUUUCACUGUCAUAUGUUUGUUCCCGUCCUCAUUCGUUCUGUUACCGCCUUCGGAUUUCGACCGCUUUUCUGCUAUCUGCCGCUCACUUCGUGUGAUUAUCCUAAUGAACGUGUCCAUUAAUGUCUUGGCAUCCGUUUUUCCCUGUGUGAGAUUGCAUCGAAAACUCCAAACGAAACGUGUGUCCCCUUAUCUUACUUGGUUAGCUACGCACCCGCCAUGUCAUCGUACUCUACGGCUCUUCAGCUCGCGAAGUUAUCUGGAUUAAUCGAGCUCCGCUGAUAACAGUUCGUUGCUGAUUCUAUCAACCGUAUAAUGAACAUUUCAUCCACAUCGACGCUAUAUUUUCUGGGCGUUCUUUGUCGCGUGGCAUCUUAGUUGGGUGGUGUCUACGAAUGAGUAAUAUUUUUGUGAAAUACACUCAUUUGCAC